UCACCUCACCUUGGAUAAAGUAUUAUGCUAUGAUCAGAAUAUCUUCGAUUUUAAUAGGGAAAUAGACCCUUUUUAGAAACAAUACUUACUGUCUAGAAAACUGUUAAUGAUAAUUCUCGUAAGUUUAUUCUGUCAGAAAACCAUAGUAAAUUUCCCUUUCAGAGACAAAGCAUAUGCUGUUGGCAAAGCCAUGUGUGAACGUUUAAAAGAUGCUAUUCCUAGACAGUUGUUUGAAAUAGCCAUCCAGGCUGCUCUUGGCAGCAAAGUCAUUGCAAGAGAAACAGUGAAAGCUUACAGAAAGAAUGUUCUGGCAAAAUGUUAUGGUGGAGAUAUUACACGGAAAAUGAAGCUUUUGAAGAGGCAAGCAGAAGGAAAGAAAAAGAUGAGGAAAAUUGGCAACGUGGAAGUGCCCAAAGAUGCCUUUAUAAGUGUUCUAAAGAGACAAUCUGAAAAAUAGUUAGAGACCAAAACUCUGCAACUGUGAUGCUGCUAUCUAACUUUUGCUGGGCAAAUGGCCGGAUGAGGUUAAUGUAUAACUUCUUGCUGGGGGUAUGUUUGCGUGACUUGUCAUAUUUAAUUUUGUACAGCUGGCUACAGGUAUGAGGAAUGAAUUUUAAUUGGAAGAAUGUACUUGAAUUCUACAUUUCAGAUUUUAUUACCAUACUCUAUUUUGUAAUGUGUACAAUUAAAUUCAACUAGAAUGAUUGUGGGUGUCAUAAAAUCCAAUCCCAGGAGGAGCGUGCUUCAAGGCACUGCAGGCAUGGCCAACCCCCAACUUGCUUUUCUAACUCUCAGCACAAGAAAUAAUAGAUGGUGCAUGUUGGAUCUCAAAUUUCUGGAAGUACAUUCUUUGAAGUUCAGGGCAAUAUAAUUGAUUAUGUAAGUACAAGGACAAACCAGCUCCAUAUUAGUGAAACAGAAGCUAGACUGUUACUCCAUCAGCAAGUGUAAAAUACAGUUAUUUAGGAACUGACAAUUAGGAGAGAAAUCGUAUACCCCAAUACAGCUCCUUUCUCUGAAACAGAUAGGUGGCCCAAUAUUAGGAGACCUCAAGGCUUCUGAAAACAGCACCACAGAAGACUAGAUACGGGGCAUUACUGAUCCCAUUUAACUCUCUUUCCUAUCACCUACUUCAUGGAUACAAGUAAGUGGUAGCUCCCAGGGCAUACCCCUUGUCUAGGUCAGAGUGAAGACAUACACUUAGUUGUCUUUCACAUUCUUACCAUAAAUUAUGAGAUGCUUCUGAAGUAUCUGAUGUCUGUUU